AUUCUGCCACGGUGAUGUUCGAGCAACAGUCUUUGUGUUCCAAGAAGGUUAAAGGAACUUCGCUGGGUUCUUAUUACCGCGGGUCGUCGGUGCGUACAGUCGCGGUGCCUUACCAAGACCAUCCGACGCCGCUGGACGGAUUAUAUGUGCUUGUAACCAUUAAAAAAAGAGAUCACAAUGGAUUAUUUGUUCCAGCGGUGUGCCUGCCCUCUUGGAUUAUGGUUGGCCGGUGGGAUUGCUGGCGAUUCCUCGGCGGCCAUCUUUGCAUCUCGAAAUGCAAACGGAUGCCGAAAUUGGAUUAUACUCGUAUCGGGAGAUAUUUUGCGUUCCCCUUAUUUUUCGCUCGGUUCAGCGGCCUUCGCAUCGGCGCCCAAAAGUGGAUUAUCGUAGCGAGAGAACCCACCACGAUCGGAAUUAUCGACGCAUCGUGGGGGUGGCUUUGCGUUUAGUUUGGAUUACUCGCCGGCGAUACCUCAACCUCCCUGGGAUUUAUCGAGUUAUGCCACGGUUUAGCUGUGGUCUCGACCAUCACCAGGGAGUAUUUUCCACUUUUCUGUUGUGUUGCAUUCUUUCUGCCUAUUAAGCGACUCACUGCAUGAGGGUGUGGCGUGUCCUAUUUUUUUAUUCUUUUCUGUGGCGUUUCUGUUCUGUUUUUUACACUACAUUGGGCCUAUUUGUUGACCUGGGUUUGCGUUUGUGCAAAAUAUUCGACCACAUUUUGUUGUUUCAAUUGAGAAGGACGCGAAGGAUAGCAGCUGGUCGAGGCUAAGGCCUAAUGACGUGGCAAUGCUAUUUCCUCCCGAGUUCUCUGGGCGAGUACUUAUUCGCGGUUAAUUAAAAAGCCCCGUUUUCGCGAGCAUUGUGUGACGAAACGGGAUAUGUGCGAGUUACGGAACUUUCGCGAAAAAUGCCCCCUGAAAAACGAGCAGCGCCUUGUGCGUGUUCGAAACGGGCGAAGGAAAACAGAAAAAUAAAGAAAACAAAAGCCACCGCGGUUCUGGGGGGAGGCAGGCGGCCAUUUUGACCUCCCUCCCUGCUUCUCCCUCCUCUGUCUCCGCGAGGGGCGGACGCUCUCGCCGCAUCUCGCGUGAGCCCGCGAGAAGCGGGUGACGUCACUCUUUCGCGGCGGAGAAUGCCUGCGUGUAGUGUGGGCCGCGAAGAAAACACACGGUGUAUGAUAUAUGUUUGAUGGGGCCGUGUGUACGAGUCCAGCGCAAUGAUGUCCUGAUGUGGCCAGCAAUGCAAGAUGGUUAGAGAGACUAGACACCUUUGGGUCGGAAAUUUACCGGAUAAUAUUCGAGAAGAAAGGAUACGGGAGCACUUCAAACGGUAUGGUAAGGUGCAGAGCGUGAAGAUCCGUCGCGAUGCGGACGGUGUGUGCGCGACGGUGUCCUUCAUCGACCUCCGGUCGGCGGCCAAGGCGCACGUGGCCGAGAACAAGCUGGAUGAGCGGCUCCUCAAGACCGAGUACUACGAGCCGCCCGCGGCCACCCUCUUCUCGCACGACGACGGCGCCGCCGGCGCGUCGGCCUCGUCGUCGUCCUCUGCCUCGGCGGCCGCCUCUCGGGUCGCCCCGUCGGCCCUGGUCGCGCCCGGCGGCGCCGUCGUGGGCGGCGGCGGUGCCUCGGCGCUCGUCGGACCCGGCUGCCCGCCGUCGGCGGCCGUCGCGCCUCCCGGCGCACCCUACGCCCCGCAGGGUCCCGCGAGGAACCCGAGGUUUGGUGAUGAACGAGGUUAUUACUAUGAUCGUACGGGGGACCGAGACCCGUACGUGCGGCGAACAACGGGCUAUCACGACGAGGACAGCUACCAAAGCAGGGGCCGGUCGAGAGAUCGGUACGCACGCUCGGCGGCCUCCAAUGCCUCUGCCUACCAGGAUGGGACAGACAGGUGCCAGGCCUCCUCCAUCUUACCUGGGCAGUACGGGAGUGGAAGCCAUUUCCGUACUCAUGGCGUAUCAGCGCGGCAGCCGGCACCACUGCCACAGUCGAGCCACUUCGACCCCCCAGGCGGCUACGGCUUGAGUCCGGCGGCCGAACCCUACUCUGACGACAAGGACAGCGGUUCGCCAUCGGCGGCACGUAGUGGGCUGGUAUCACGGAGAGGCUCGGCGGUCAGUUCGACGGUCACCUCUCCUCCACAGCAGCCGCAGCUGCAGUCACAGUCACAGACGCAGCAGCGGUGUCACAACAAGCACGUCUCAAGGUCCGAGUCACGGUCGCGCUCCAGCUCUCGAAGUUCAAGCGGCAGCCGCCUAGGAUCAUCAUCUUCAAAGAUUCGCUCCAGUUCUAGCGACAGUAGUCGCUCUCUCUCACCUAGCAAGUCACCCACACACCAUUCAAGCAGCAUCAAGACGUCACGCAGCGAGCGGCCAGCGAGCGCUGUGACGGCAGCACCAUCAUCGAGUUCAUUCUUGCAGUCAACCAUCUCCACACCAAACAGUAGUAGCACCAACGCCAACAAUGGGAGCAGUAGCAGCAUCAACUGCUUGCAAAACAACAACAACAACUCCCUCGACGGGAGCAGUAUGGGCGACAGGGAGGACAAGCGGCCACUCGGCAUCUGUGUUCGGAACCUACCGGUCAGGUCCACUGACACAAGCUUAAAAGACGGCCUCUUCCAUGAGUACAAGAAGCACGGCAAGGUCACCGUCGUCAAGGUCAUUGGGCAGGGUACCGAGCGGUACGCUGUGGUCUGCUUCAAAAAGCCCGAGGACGUGGAGAAGGCGCUGGAGGUGUCCAAGGACAAGCUCUUCUUUGGCUGCAAGAUCGAGGUGACAUCGCAUGAGGGCCUAGACGGUGAGGACAACGAGUUCAGGCCGCUCGAAGCAGAGUUGGACGAAUACCAUCCAAAAGCAACGCGGACUCUCUUCAUUGGCAACCUCGAGAAGGACAUCACCACCACAGAGCUGAGGAAACACUUCGACCAAUUCGGUGAUAUUAUUGAAAUCGACAUCAAGAAGCAGGGCUCGGCGUCGUCGUACGCCUUCAUCCAGUACGCGGACAUAGCGAGCGUGGUGAAGGCCAUGCGCAAGCUAGACGGCGAGAACCUGGGCGCCAACCGCAUCAAGCUGGGCUUUGGCAAGAGCAUGCCCACCAUGUGCGUCUGGCUAGACGGGGUCACCGAAAUGGUCUCGGACAAGUUCCUGAGCCGCACCUUUGGCCGCUACGGGCCCGUGUCCUUUGCGGUGGUCGACCGAGAGCGCGGCCACGCCCUCGUCUACUUUGACAGCCUGGAGUGUGCGCAGCACGCCGUGGCCGAGAUGCGCGGCAGGGUCCUGGGCGGCAAGAAGCUGCAGGUGCGUCUCCUACAUACUGUGCCUAUGUUCCAGGAUGGCAAUCCUAAGGUUGAUUUUGCUAGUCGUGAGUGUCAGAAUGCUUUCUUCGACAAGAUUGAAAUGUCUGGUCAAGUUCUCCAGAAUGACCGGGUCUGGGAAGGAAGGAGGGAACGUCGGCAGGAGUUUGACGUGAUACGAGACGAGAGGUUUACAAGGGACGGCCGGGGUGUAGCCUUUGAUGGCCGUGGCUACGGUCGCUACGAAGCCCAGCAGCGCCCGGCUGGGCGGGGUCCCAGCCGCGGCCUGCAACGAGGAGGCACCUACAACAGUCGAGGUCGAGGCCAACCAUUCGGGCUGCGUUAUGAUGGCACCGUCUACCAAGAGGAGUUGUGCGAUCGGAGACACCGGUUUUCGGACAAAGACGACAGCUUAGAAGAUAUCGCCCCAUACGAAGAACGGGCGGAGCGCCUCAAGCACAUAGACGGAGUCUUGGGCACUGCUGACUGGGCGCCCCGCAAGACGAGCAGCAGCAUCAAAAAGCACCGCAACUCGACGAGUGAUCAGGAGAGCCACCAUAGCCAGUCGCCACCGCAGUCCCGGCAUCACAGCCGGUCCCCACCACCGUCAGUCAAGGGCUCUAAGAAGGGAUCGUCCAAGGAGCGGCCUUCUCAGCGCCACCGGCUUAGCCCUGGCCGGUCAUCCUCCCGGAGCCCAGUGGUUAGGGACAUGGCUUUGGAUCCGGAGGAUGUGCUUGUGGACGUGCGAGACAUAAGGCGGCGUUCAUUAGACGGACCUCCCAAGUCGGACUCCAAGGAAUUGCCACUGGCUUCUGUGUGCAGCAAGCUGGAGGCGUUUCAGGACUCUGGAGCAGAACGCAUACGCAGCAGCAGCUGCAGCAGCAGUCGUGUGAGGAGGGACGAGGACGUUAACUCGACAAGCGAUUCCCCAUCACAACUGGAGCGCAAGAGACGCUUAUUAGGGCUCAAGGAGAGCUCAGGUGGCUCACGGCCGGAGGACAGCCGCAGUGACACUGACUGUGCCGAAGGUGACGAAGAGCUGUCCAUACGAUCUGACAGCAAGCACCUUUCGAAGCAGGUGCAAGACAUCCUAAGCUCCAGCGAUGGCGAGUGCUCCCCGAACGCUGAUGGAGCUACCAGAAAGAAAGGGAAGGGUUUGCCAACUGACACAUCUGCAGCAACAAGCCGUUCGCGGCCUGCCAAGGACAUUCCCAGCGUUGUGUCCAAGAGGCUGCCCACGAACUGUAGGACAGUGGGCAGCUUCGAGACAAAGUUCUCUGUGGAAGUGCCAAGUGUCAGGGUGGGCGAGCUGUUACAGAACGCAAGGAAGCAGAUCGACCCAAGGCGGCGGUUUGACCACAACAGGGUGUCCUCCACCGUGAGUUACCUCCGUGCAAAGAAGGUGCAUUCAGACCCGAGCCUGGUCUCAUCGACGGACAGUGAGGUGGGAUCGGACGCAUCCUUGAUGGUGCAUUUGUCCAACAAGCACGGUGAAGACGGCAUCGACGAAGUGUCCUCUUCGAGUGAUAACCCACCGCCGUUAGUUCGGACAUGGUCUUUUCUCGAGUCCGGCCCAAUGUCCCUGCCCCUGCCCAAGUUCGCAGCUACUCUGCGGUCACCCAAGACAUCCCCUGGUGUGACUGCGUCCCCAAUGGCCAACUCGCAGAGCCCACGUGGAAACUGUUCACCCCUGAGUGCCUUGAACACCAAGAACGGGCCCGUGUUCCCAGAAGCCCUUGCUAGGCCCGAGAAGCCAGUCGAGGAAAAGCCAGCGGAGGUCAUCCCACCAGAAACUGUGCCCGAGGCUCUCUCUCCAAGUCCAUCCCCCAAGGGUCUGAAGGGCCCUUCCGAUUCCAAGCUGCCUGAGAGCUCCUCCGACUCUGAAGGCUCGCUACCAUCCCCAAAUCGUCCGUCCUUUGAUGAGCAGAUAAGGGCACUCGAUGAGAGGUACAAUGCCCUCACGGGACCCACUCGAACAUUUACGGGCCCUUCAUUGGCUGGUACCGCCGUAGAGACGCCAGCACCGGUGACGAUUGACUACAACAAGUACAACAUCAAGAAGAGGCCAAGAUUUCCAGCUCUUUCUCAAGAGUUUCGUGCCGAGCCGUCGGAAAUAAUGAAGACCCUGCUGGCCAAAACCACCAUCCUGGACCAGGACUCCAAGCGGCUGGAGCAUAUCAAUGAGAAGUAUGAGCCGAAGGAUGUCAAGCUCGACCUUUGCUCGAGCAGUGCCAAGCCAUUGUUUCGUACCAAGGCAGCCGCCAAGGAGUUCUCAACUCCAUUGUCCCUUCCUUCGCUGAGCUUUUCUUCGUGCACUCCCGCCACUGCUACCACUCUGCCCCAGGGCGCCUCUAGUCCAAGCUUCACACAUGCAAGCACCGCUGCUCCUGGAGCGUCCCCUAGCCAAACAGUUCCUAAUUGUCCUUCUCAGUGCACCACAAGCCAGACAUUAGCAGCUCCAGCCCCCCUGACAGCGCCGGAGCCUCAUCCGAAACACGUGCCGCUGAUGGUUGCGACGUCUUACAAUGACACUCCCACAAGAACUGUUCCACCCUCCAUACUGCGGCGAGAAUCUUCGCCACCCUGUGCAGUGAAACAGGAGCCAUUCCAGAGCCCACCUCGAAUUGCCACACCUUUGUCACCCCCUGCUGCGGUUGUGGUAAAGAAAGAGGUGUCGCCGAGAGCUUCUUCGUUACUACGGCGGGACUCCUCCCCUCCGGUUGUGGUCAAGCAGGAACCCUUCCAGAGUCCGCCACGAACUCCCGCUCCACCGGUGCCUCUGGCCGUGGUGAAGAAAGAGCCUGGGUCAGAGACCGUUCCUACAAGGAAAGAUAGUAGGAGUCGAGAGCCGUGUGCGGUGAAGCUGGAGCCCGCCGCUGUAAAGGAACCAAGUGUGAAGAAGGAGGUGCACAAGGACAUCAGCAUCAAGAAGGAGUCCCGGAAAGAACAUCAGUCGUCUUCCUCAAAGAACUCACUAAGGGAGCAUCACAACACUUCGGAUGCUUCUUGCAAUUCGGCGUCACACAAAGAGAGAAGAGAUUCGCACUCUCACGACUCUUUGGACCUACCCGCACCCCUUCCACUGGCAUCAGUCAAGCAGAGAGUGUCGUCCGUCGACAGCAACGAGUCUGACUCUGCAAAAUCAUCUCGAUCGAGUGAUGCCUACCUCGAAAUUCCCCCAGAAGCCACCUGGAAUAGAAGUGAAGAUGAAAGACGGUCCAUGGAGCCAGAUGCAAAGCGGCCAAAGCUGUCGCAUUCCUCGCGUGACAGAGACAGCUUCGACAAAAGCCACUCGUCCAACAAGUCGAGCUCUUCACACUCAAAGAAAUCUGAGAAGCGACUUGAGAAGUCGUCAUCCUCAUCGUCUUCAUCUUUCAAAUCAGAGCGAACGGAAAAAUCGCACUCAUCCUCCUCGUCAAAAAACGAGUCCGGUGACAAGCAGGAUACGAAACCAUCGUCAGAGUCCAGACGCGAUAGCUCUAAAAGCAAAGACGACAAGAAAUCGUCAAAGUCGAGGGACAGUAGGGAAAAGUCACGCGACCGGCCUAAGGAAAAGGAGUCGAGUAAAGAGAAAGGCCAAGAUUCGAAGCACGGAUCUUCUUCUGGGUCUCACGCGGGAACCAGCAGUAGCAGUUCCAAGCAACGGAGAGAGCAUGGGUCUGACCGCUCUGAAAAGGAAAAGUCUAGGUCCGAGAAGCGUACUUCGUCGACAAGCGAACAAUCAAGGGACUCGAAAUCAAAGUCCAAGAGCAAAAGCGAAAGCAAUUCUGCAUCGGCCCCUCAGGCGUCCGACUUCUGCUUCCUGGAUGAUGAGCCUGUCUAUUUUUCCAUGUACGACAAGGUGAAGGCACGUUCGAGCCAGAACCAAACACUGAAAGAUCAAGCAAACAUGGAAACAAUGCGGCAAAAGUUCAGCCGGCUCAAGCAGAGUCGUGCCAAGAAGGGGAAGUCUGCGGACAUGGACUCCGAUCGGGAUUCAGAUCUUUCUAGUCACCACUCCUCCGACUCCGAGGGCAAGUCGAGACCACCUCACAAGUCCAAACAACUCACCAAGAAGCGCAAGCUGGUCAUCGAGAGCUCGUCCGACGAAAACGAACAAUCGUUUGCGAUGCGACUCUUGCACAAGGACGAUGACAGCAGCGACUUCUGCUCCGACUCCGAGGUGGAAUCGUACAAGGAAGCCUUCAACAAGUGCAAGGAGAGAAAGGUGGACAUCUCUGAUGUCGAAACCUCAGACUCUGACGAACCAUCUCACUUGAUGGCGGCAUCUCGAAAACAAAAGCGAAAGCAGCGCCACUCCUCUGAGAAGUCCAACAAGUCUCGGCACGGAAAAUCUGACAUAGAGAGUUCAGACGCAGACAUCAGUAGAUCGCUAAAGAGGAAAGAGCUCAAGAAGAAAGCGAUGCGUAAGCCUAGCAUUCUCAAAUCUGAUGCUGAAGGCUCCGAUGACGAGUGCCAUUCGAAAACAGACGAAGGCAAGUCAGUCAAGCAGAGAUCAUCGAGGCAAGAGGAGUCCAAGUCGGACAUAUCUCACUCCAAGGAAACUGUUGGUCACAGCAGCAGCAGCAGCAAAAGCAAACGGCCAAGCAAGGACACCGACGAGUCCAAACAUGAAGAAGACCUGGAUCUUUCUAGGCAAAGGCACUCCAGUAAAAAACGGAAAAAGUCUAAAAAGUCAUCCAAGUUAAAAGAGAAGAAGUCAACUGAAAAGUCCAGUACGUCAUCAUUGGCUGCUCCAUCGUCGCAGAAGCGGUCCGACACGCACUGGGAUGUUGGAGAAAUGUUAGACGAGUCUUCUGUGUCGUCAAAGUACAUUGGCUCGCCAAAACAAACUCUGAAUUCGCCACCUGUUUUGCAGCCAAGCAUUUUCUCGGAUGUGGAAAUGAAGUCCGAGCUGUCGGAUUACGAUUUUGAGCCAUCAUCAAAGCCAGCAGAGAAGCUCAAGGACAGGCAUGCUGAGGCACCAUGGGACAGCAAGCACAAUGUGGUGAGAGAGUUCUCGCCCGUAAAGGAGAUCAAGCAGGAAAGAGAAGAAACAUCAAGCGUGAAAAGGGAGAGCGACUCCGAACUGGACAAGAUCGUCGACGCUCUGAGUGAAGCUGUCGAGCCUCGAGGUGCAGCAGCACAAGAUUUUCCCACCACAGACAAAAAGGAAGAGUAUGACGAAAUGGACAGAUUGCCCUAUGACGACGUCACGUGUGAUGUACCGUCUACCAGGCAUCUCAGCGAAGAUGAUGACAACAAGGAGUCAUCCUUGAGACAGGAAGACUUGAAAAGCAAAGAGCACAGGAAGAAAAAGAAGCAGUCGAAGGAAAAAAAGCGAAAGCACAAAGAGGAGGUCAUUGCUCAGAGCUCUGCAGUGCCAGAGCUGAUUGAAGAACCUGUUCCAACAUUUCCAGCGGCAAUGGAUGAAGACAGCAAGCUCACUGAGGACAUUCGCUUAGACGAAGACAUAGCCGAGGAAGCAAGGCGUCUCGAAGAGGAGUUGCUGGCACAGUCCGAAGAGACCAGUACAUUCGGCGAUGGAGACAGUGUGCUGAGGAGAGAAGAGAAGCCACUGCAGGCAGAAAGGCACUUUGAAGAAGAAGCCGCUAAGGAAACAAAGCGGCUUGAAGAGGAGCUGUUUUCGUCUGGCAGGGACUCGUGGCACAUGAAGGACGAGAAGGUUUACGAUGACGUUGCACCCCAGAAGGAGCCCAAGACCGAUGCUUUGGAUGUGUCCUCAGCGAAAGACAGCAGCUAUUCUAGCCUGGUAGCAACGGAGGAGUUGCCGAGCCGCCAUUCAGAGCCGCCGCACUACCUCAGCCACGAUGGGCCAGAGCAGUUCAAGGUAGAUGACAAAGAGCAGAACACGUACGAGCUUGACAGCCCAAGAAAGAUGGAGGAUGACCUGGCGGUCUAUGCCCUGCUCCAAGAAAUGGGCAACGACGGCAUCUCUGCCCCAGAACUUCCAAAGGAGCCAGACUACCUCGACACCAUGGUGCAGCAUCACCAGCCACAGCACGAGGAGUCCAUGAGCUUUUUGCUGCCUGAUGAGAGCUCGAGCUCCCUGCAAAUAGAUACAUCCAUGCCAGAUCUCACGCAGGAGGAAAGCAGGGAAUCUGGCGGUGCCCUCGAGUUCACAGACGCCUUGCAGUCUCUGCAGCAGCAGCAGCAACAGCAGUCGCAGCCACAGCAGCAGCAACAGCCACAGCCGCAACAACAUCAGCAAGAGCAGGAACAGAACGAACAACACGAAGAGCUCUUGGAAAAGAUUGCAGAGAGCCCUGUCGAAGAGACCUCCACAUGUGGAGCAGCUGAGGAAGAGCCAGCAAAGGAUGUAACAUCAGAGCCACCUUUGCUCAUGGAUGCUAAAGAACCCGAACCAAGCACGGUGCCACCCAAAGAGCUUCCUGAUCUCACAAAAGCUGUACUGCAACCGGAAGCACAGACUACAUCGACAGAAGAGUCUGACAUGGCCGGGGUCACAGCAGCUAAACCCGAAAAGCAGAAGUUCAAGCGAAAGCGGCGGCGAAGUUCAAGAGCCGAGAGCACCAAUCAGCGGCUCCUGUCCGAUACAGAUGAAGAACACCAGUUUAUUGGUGACAAAGGGUACGAACAGCCAGAAAAGUGCAUUUCAGCUGACCCGUACCAAUCUGCCAAGGAAGAACCAAGGCCACCGCUCGCAGAAAACAACACCAUUCUUCCUACUGCAGAGGAGUCUAUGGAAGAGAAGCCUGCAGACACCACAGGUGCUCCAGCCGGAACUUCGGAUGAUGAGCCAAUAACUGCACAGCACAAGGCCCUUGAAGUUACUAAGCGGGAAGAAUUGUUCGACGCGGCGACUGCACUUGUGCCUGACAUUGCAGCUGAACUGAAAGACGAAGCUGAAGACACGGAGACAGUGGAUGAAAACAACGAAGACACAGCAGACUCGAGGCAGAGCAGUAUGCACCAGACCGAUGUUCCCAUUGAGAACGACAGUAGUAAGGAUCAAGAGAUGUUUGAUGACAUGUCUCAUCGUGCACCGAUUCUCGACAUAAUUGAAACCCUUAGUUCUCCGGUUGGAACUGGCGAAGCACAUGAGGGUGAUCAAGACGAAGUCGCACACCAGGAAGGUGACUCUUCCGGUGAACAGUUAGACAACACACUUUCAGCAGAAGAAACUCAAGCACAUUCCACAGAGCCAGCAGUGGCAGGAACAGAGGGCAUCAAGCGAAAGACAGGGAGCCGCAAGGGUCGCAAGACAAAAUCGAGAAGGGCCUCUGUACCUCGCCUGGAAGUCACUGAAGUCCCUAAAGUUCCUGCAAGGAGAGGCCGUGCCACGUCUGCUGACAAAGUGCGGCGUUGUCUAAGGUCUGAUAACAUCGAGAACACGUUGUCAGAGACCGAGGACGCGUCUGCAUUCCCAUCGAGCGAAGUCAAGAACGAAGCUACCAAUAUGGAGGCCGAGCCGCCACAUAGUGGAAGUGAAGCACAGCAGCACGACGAAGAACGACUGAGGCUCUCGUUCGACAGCAGCACGUCCAAGGAAAGCACCGACUCGUCGGCUGCCCCGGCUGCAAGCCUUGCCGGUGGGCACGGCAUGGACAACACCCUUCCCGAGGAAAAACUUGGUGAUUUCUGCAUGGACCCAUACAAGGAGGAACCCAAAAAGAGGAGAGGACGAAAGAAGAAGAGUUCUGGAGAGCAUCAUCCUGGUCGCAUAUCACCUGCUCUCGACAAGAUGUCAGAUCUUAGAAGCGAAGACCACGAUUUCAAAGAUGCAGACAAGCAAAAAGAACAGCGACCUCUCUUCAUUUGCACGCGACAAGGUGCAGCAGCACACGAACACAAGUUGACAAAAGGCAGUACAGCGAGUGCAUAUGACGUGUACGAAUUCAAAGAUUCCGAAGAUGAAGAGGAGACUCAGUUCGGGGGUACUGAUUGGCAAGUGGCACCCGAGAAGCACCUCGAGAGGCAUGUAGAGCCCGCCCCAAAGACUGCCGAGCACACCAUCCACGAAGAAGGCAAGACGCACGAGUUGAGACCCGCCGAGUGUCCAGCCUUUGAAAGCAAACUCCCAGAGUCCAAUGCUCACGAUGCCAGGCUACACGAGACCAAGACUCAUGAGCUGAGAUCUCAUGAUGCCAGUAGAAUGCACGACGUCAAGAGCCAUGAUGGCAAGGUUCAUGACAGCAAGACCAGCGAGACUGUCAAGACUUAUGACACCAAGGCCCAUGAUGCCAAAGCAAGCGACGCCAAGACCAACGAGGUCAAGGUAUACGAGGUCAAGGCACACGAGGUCAAAGCUCACGAGUCACAGCAUGAGAAGCGGCACGACGAGAGCAAGCACAAGACCUUCCAGCAUGAGGACAAGGAGGCUUGCACCAAGGAGUACGUCACCGAGCUUAGUCAGCAUGGCAAGAUCUCCAUCACCAUCCGUCUGCACCCGAAGGAAGGUCAUGAUGGCAGCUCGUCCAGCACGGCUGAAGUGGUUAAAACAUCAGAAGCAGUUGCUGGGGACGACACUCGGCAGGAGAAGGUGCCACCCGCCAAGCAAGAACCAUCCGACGCUCAUCAGAUCAAGACCAGGAAGUCGGCUCGGCUCAUGUCGCAAGCCAACAAGACCACCAUUGAUGAGACCAUUGAAGACGUAGUCAAAGGACACUUCAAGGCACCCGAAGAAGAAGGUGACUUGCACUUGGAGGGGCCUAUGACCCGAGCAGCCCGAAGAACCAGGUCAAGUAGGCGGAAUGAGGAAAUGCCAUCAAAAUCCGAGCCAGAGGGCACCGCUGAAACAACAAAAGCAAAGAACGAAACCCCGGUGCUUAUCAUAGCCGACAACAAAGUCAAGGAUAAUAUUGAGGAGAGUAAACCAGUUGUUCCUGUUUCUACCAUCAUUCCACCCCCACUGCCACCACAACCACAACCACCACCACCACCACAAGUAGCAGCAACAGCAGCAGCAGCAGCAGCAGUAGAAACAUCAAGUUCAGUGACUGACUCAGAGCACACUAGCAAGCCAGAAUCCAAGAUGUCUCUGCGAUCCUUCAGGUUCACACGGUCUGCAGCCAAGGCAGAAAUGUCGAAAGACACGGGAGUGAAGGAAGAACCUCCCCACGAAGCUGAACCCUCCAAAGAUGACCUUUCCUCACAGCAACAGCCUAGGCCUGAGGCAACUCGCACAGACGUCUUGCAAGCAACAGUUGCUGCGCCACCAGUGAGGCAAGAACAAGCAGCAGUCAAGGAUGAGCAGAAGACGAGAGCCUCUGCGGGCCUGGGUGAAACUGAAGACAGUGACUCACGGCUGAGCCCGACGGAGCUCAUUGACCCUGUCACUGGCUUCCUGACACCUGUAAAUAAAAGCGGAGAGCCCUCGGUGGUGGUGGCAGCGGCCGCUGCAUCAACAACUGCUACAGCAGCAACAACGGCAGCAGCGGCCCCAGCGGCAGCAUCCGAGGCCGAAGUUCCAUCAAGAAUUGUGAAGCCACAAAGCCAACAGACGGCUGCUAGCAUCAUAGACACCAAAACUACAGCUGUCAGUUCUUCAGUGGAAGCGAGCAUUUCGUCCUGGACGAUUCCGUCUCAGUCCAUUACUGCGGACGACUCAAAAUCACAACAGAAGGAAGGCAAGCCUCCUCUCGAACUGAUCCAGCGACCACCAGUAUUGGCACACUCUGGCACUGCAAAGAGCCACGGAAUUUUGCAAGCUCCUGUAAUCCAUGGCAGGCCUGCACAACAAGCAGUUGUUACAACCCUGUCACCAUCAGAACUGCAGAAGAUGUCCGCUGCUCACGUAAGGCCCGAGGCAGCCAUAAGCAAGCCAUCUGAGAUGCCCGUUGGCCCUGCCGUAGCAGCCAUAAAGAUUCCAGAGCAGCAUCCGCCCAGCAACAUGCCCAUUAGCGCAUCAGUGCCAACAGGUGCCAUGCCAGGCCACUUUAUUGGCGCCAAGGGACUGUCACUGCCACCGGUGGGACAGCCCCCCGUGUCACUGGGGCAGCCACCCGGUGUCUCUAUGGGACAACCGUCUGUGUCACUGGGACAGCCAGCUGCGUCAGUGGGGCAGCCCCCGGUGUCACUGUGUCAACCUCCGGUGUCUCUCGGACAGCCCUCCAUGUCAUUGGGUCAACCUCCACUGGGCGUGUGGGUCGGACCCCGUCCGCCCAUUGGACCCCAGUACCCAUCGUCAUUCACCAGCCUGACUGGACAGCAGCAUCUGGUCAGGGGCGUGCAUCCUUCGGUGGUGCGUACUCCAUCGCUACCACAACAGGAAGCUGCCAACAAGAUGCCCGGCCCUGCGCAUGCGAUGGUCGGAGGGCCCAACCCUGCACAGGUGCACUGCAACCAACCAAAGAUGGAGGGUCCACCAUCACAGCAGCCUCACCACCAUCCGCAGCAGCACAUUCAGUCACACCCGUCACACGCACAGCAGCAUGCGCAGCUGCACGCGCCAUCAUCUCACCAGCAGCUGCUGCAGCAGCAGCAACAGCAGCAGCAUCAGGUACCUCAGCAACAGGCAUCACAACACCAGUUGUCUCAACACCACCACCAGCCACUACAGCCACCACCACAGCAACAGCACCAGCAGCAGCAACCGCAGCAAGGUCCGGGCUUGCACCCCUCGCACCACCUGGGUGAGAUGAAGGGAGUGCCCGUGUCGGUGACCCAACACCUUCAGCCACCGCAGCAGCCGCACGUGGUCACCUCCAGUCACAUCAAGGCCGAGGGAUUUGCCAUGCCCUCGCAGGCUGUGGGACGCGUGGGAUCGGCGUCUCGCACGCCUCCUGCCCCAGUGCCACGCCAGCUGACCCUGGAGGGAGUCGUAGCGAGCAGAAGCCAAGGCCCUCCACAACAGCAGGGUCCUGCCAUCAUGACCCAAGCACCCACAAAGAUUCACGAACAGAGGGCACCGGUCGGAUCCAAGGGGUCCCUGUCAGGGAUCCAGCAUGCGGCAAAACAGACUGGCGGCUUCCUUCAGCCACCAUUCGGGGGCUACGAACCAUCGGGCAUGCCCGGAAGCUCGCAUGCUGCCACUGGGGGCUCAACUGGGGUGGCUCCACCUGGCGGAGGCGUGAUAGCCGAGCUUCUCCAGAAUCCACACUUGAUGCAGCAGCACAAGAACUACCAGCUGGCCGUUGCUGCUUCACAGUACAUGGGAGGCGGGUUGGGGCGACCGGGAGCGAGCUUGCACGUCGGUGGCCCCAACCCGACUGCCACACCGCCUCAAGAGCUGUUGCACUUGCGCCCUUCACCCGGUCAGCAACUGCUGGUGGCAGGCCACCUGGGCAUGCACACGCCGGAGCUGUCGGCCUACAUGCAUCACCAGCAGAUGCUGUACGCAGCGGCACAGCAGCACCCUCACUACGCCCUGCCACCCGAAGCGCAGGGGCUGCGGUUCGCAUACCCAUCCGGCGGAUUCCGAGCACCGCCCGAGCCCCGCGAGGGCGUAUCGAAAGAAGGUCGUCCACCACCGCCGCUCAAAGGGAGCGAUGCGGAGCCCACCGUAGCCGAGGGAGCACCCAAGGAAGUCCCCGGCAAGGAGUUGCUGCGGCCGCCGUUCCCGCCAUUGCGCCAGACAAGCCCCCGGGUGGCUUCGUCGCCGCAGGAGCGAGUGACGGACUCCCCCGCGGUGGCCAGCCCCUACGGUCUGCGGGGGGCCGGUCACCUCGGGCCCGCGGACAAGGGUCCCUCCUCAGACGAGCCCCCCAAGCCCCCUGCCGCCCACCAGGGCUUCCACGAACCGACGGGGGGCCUGGGGGGCUCGCCGCCCUUCCUGCACUCGCCGGGAGGCGCGUUGGCCCUCAAAAAGGAGACCGACGUGGCCAAGAAGGGGGUUCCAUUCGAUCGGCGCCAGACGGGCCUCGAGGCGCCCCUGCACCUCGGCCCACCGCCUGCACAUGCCUUGGCACCUCCGCCUGCGGCACCUCGAUCUCAGCCGCAGACGCCACCGCAUGCCAGCCAAGUGCCUCCACAGGGGGACUCCUUCUUGUUACAGCGCUACCCAGUCAUGUGGCAAGGCCUGCUAGCCCUAAAGAACGACCAAGCGGCCGUGCAAAUGCACUUCGUGUCGGGCAACUCCAGGAUUGCCGUCGCGUCCCUUCCACCCAUGACCGACGGCUGCACGCCGCCAGUCCGCAUCGCUCAGCGGAUGCGGCUUGAGCAGACACAGCUGGAAGGAGUUGCCCGAAAAAUGCAGAUGGUGGACGAGCACUGCAUUCUGCUGGCAUUACCCUGUGGACGAGACCACAUGGACGUACUGCAGCAGUCCAACAACCUGCGCAAUGGAUUUAUCAAUUACCUACAGCUGAAGCAGGCUGCCGGCAUUGUCAACGCGGCCGCCCCCGGCUCUCAGCAGCCGGCCUAUGUGAUCCACAUCUUUCCUUCGUGCGAGUUCUCCAACGAGAACAUGGCACGCAUCGCACCAGACCUGCUACACAGUGUCAGCGACAUCGCCCACCUGUUGGUCAUCAUCGCCACUGUGUGAACGAGGGGACGGAG